AUGGGAGAAGUUCAGAAAACACCCAACCACAGUGUGAAAAACAAAUGCAGCGAGAUGCUCUCUGUAGGUCUGAGAGCCCAGCAGACAGCUUUGCUGCAGCGUGGAGGGCGAACCAGCCAAACCCCACUGGACGAAUCUGAGGAUUCUGACGCAGAAUGGUCGCCUCGGUGGCCAGAACCCAGGAGAAGGGUUGUUGAGUGGAAGUUGUACACCAUGCGACAAGGUAAUGGCCCGGCAUAUGAGGAGGUCAGCGAGCCCCAGGAUGACGACUUCCUGUAUUGUGAGAAGUGCAAGACCAACUUCAUCGACAGCUGUCCCACUCAUGGGCCCCCUACGUUUAUGAAGGACAGCGUGGUGGAUGUGGGGCUUGAGGACCGCGCAAUGCUCACUCUGCCCCCUGGGCUGAAGAUAGGACCUUCGAAUAUCCCAGGGACUGGGCUGGGAGUCUGGAAUGGGAACUCCACCCUACCUGUGGAUGUGCACUUUGGCCCCUACGAGGGUCAGAUCACAGAGGACGAAGAGGCGGGCCACAGCAGUUACGCCUGGAUCAUUACUGAAGGGAGACAGAGCUACAAGUACGUGGACGGCAAGGACACAUCCCACGCCAACUGGAUGAG